AUACCCAUUUGCCAUAUCUGUAAUGGAACAGUUCAAUGUUGCAUGGUUUAAAAGGUAGCUAACAUCUCUCUCCUCUAUUAGUAUAAGCCAAGAUCUCCCAUCUUUCUCAGUGGUGUUUUUAAGGAAUUCAUCAAAAGUUUGCCAUGGGUGAGAAGGCAAAGAACACUAAAGGUAGGAGUAAGAAAAAGGAUCUGCCACCAUUGCCAACCUCUAAUAGCAGAGAUUCAUCACCAAGGUAUUAUGACUUUCAGAAGAAAGCAGUUCAUCCAUUACCAUCUUCAGAAGAGUCAUCCAGGAAUGGAAAUAACAGAGGCCCCCUAGAUGUUUUCCACAAGUACAUAAAGAUGAUCAAGCCCUUGUAUGAAAAAAUCAGUAAUAAAUGUGAUCAAAGGAUAUUUUCUGGUCACUUGAGAGUAGAUAAAAAUGUCAGUGCUUCAGAAGUAGAAAAGAGAAUUGAGGCAGGUUCAGAGAGUAGGGGUAAGAAGAAGUAUAGUCUCAGAAGCAGUCACCAUGUUUGUUUCACUGAGGAUCCAAGGAAGGUUAAGAAAAACUUUGGUUUCGGUAGUCCAAGGGGUACAUCUCCAAGCCAUGGUUGUAUGGUGACAGGGAGAAGCUACCCAUCUUCCAUGGUUUCAUCUCCAAGCCAUAGUGGAGUUCUCAUUGGAAGAAGCUACCCAUCUUCCAUGGUUUCUUCUCCAACUCAUAGUGGAGUCCUCAAUGGUUUGAAUUCUAGUACUAUCAGCAGCAUGGAAGAGUUGCAGAGUGCUGUCCAAGCAGCCAUUGCCCAUUGCAAGAAUUCAAAUUCCAUCAGUUCUGGUAAAGAUUUCUUUUUGGGUGUUAGAUUCUAUUCAAAUCAACUUUACAUAGCUCAUAUGAUUAAAAAGCACAUGAGAUGGAGUAUUCUUGUGCCUUAA